AUGGCCAAGGCAGCAGACAACAAGUGCAAUCAUUCUAUGAUUCAGAAGCUGUUAAUUCUACUGAGCUGUGGAUACACCAAGCUGCUGGCUCAGUCUCCUACUCUGUGCUGCAGUUUCGACGUUAACAACACAUUCAAUGACAAUCUCACAUCUGGACUGUGGAACUAUGAAGUCCAAGGUGAAGUGAAAACAGUGCCUUUUAUUCUCAACAGAAAUAACAAAUGUCAUAUCACUAGGGAUUUUGAGAACAGACUCAAUGCCACAGAGAUCUGUGACAAACAGUUUCACAGUCUACAAGGUCAAGUUUAUCACUUCCAAGAUGUGCUACUUCAAAUGCGGGGGGAGAAUAACACAAUCAGAGAGCCCCUCACUCUGCAGUCCAUUAUGUGUGGCUGGUAUACAGAUGAACGAUUCAUGGGAUCAUGGAAGGUAUGCCUCAAUGGAAGCAAAAUAUUUCAUGGUGACAUCAAGAGAUGGCUUCACAUCUAUUCUGGAACCACCUGGACAGAAGAGAUAUUGGAGAAAAUCAAAAAUCUAAAUGACUUCUUAAACAGGACAUCACAGGGUGAAUUCAAGAACAAGUUUAAGGAGUAUAAUUUGCACUGUAAGGAAAACCUGGAGCCCACAGCCUUGUCAACCACUGCUGCAGAUGUGGGCCAACCUCCAUCCAUGGCAUGCACAUACAACCCCUCUGUCCUGCUGAUAAUGCUCAGCUGCUUCCUUCUGUAUGUUUUCUGA